AUGACAGACACAUAAACUAAUAUAAAUUAAAUCUCUCCUAUCUAAAUGUAAGAGAAAGGAAGUGGUCCCGUUGACAUAAGUUUUAAAAACAUCAAAUAUUCUGUACAAGUAGGAAAAACUUAAAGAGAUAUUCUUAAAGAUUUAUCUGGAUUUUGUUAGAGUGGUACUGUAACUGCAAUCUUGGGAGCCAGUGGUGGUGGUAAAACUUCUCUACUUAAUGUUUUAUCAGGUAAAAUAGUGAAUGGAGGAAAAGUUACCUUAACAGGAUAAAUUAUGGCCAACGGACAUGAAUUCAGCAAUGAAUAGUUCAAUAGAUUUAGUGCAUAUGUCAUGCAGGAUGAUAUCUUAGUUAGUUGUCUAACAGUAAGAGAAUGCAUUUAAUUUGCUGCUGACUUAAAAUUAUCUGGCACAGAUGAAUACAAGCUAGAAAAAGUGAAUGAAAUGAUAAGCUUAUUGAAACUCACAAAAUGUUAGAAUGCUCUUAUUGGUAGCAAGCUAAUCAAAGGUGUUUCAGGAGGUGAAAGAAAAAGAGCUAAUAUUGGAUGCGAAUUAAUUACUGAUCCUUCAGUUAUUUUCUUAGACGAACCUACAAGUGGUUUGGAUUCUUUCACAGCUUACAUUGUAAUUAGUAUUUUAAAGGAUUUUGCUAAGUUAAAACAAAAAACUGUCAUUAUGAGUAUUCAUUCACCUAAUACUGAUAUUUGGAAUCUUUUUGAUAAUAUAAAUUUGAUGGUUUAGGGUAAAUUCAUUUACUAAGGACCAAGAGAGUAAAUUAUUUCUCACUUUUCAUAGAUUGGUUUCUAAUGUCCCAAAUACAUUUGCCCUGGAGAUUAUUUAAUGUAAUACAUGACUCAUUCUGAGAGAAAUGAUGCACUAUUACCCUCUUUUUUGGAAGGAUACGAGAUGUAUCUUAAGGAUGAUAUUAACAAUACUAUCGAUAAAAACUUAUUAAAAGACGACAUACCUUUAAAAUCAACAACAACUAGUUUCUUGUUCUAAGUUAGCAAAAUAGCAAAAAGAACAUUCAUAUCUACUAAACGUGAUCCAAUGUUACUCAAAUCUCGUGUCAUAUAAACUAUAAUUAUCUCCUUAUUUAUUGGUUUAGUAUAUCUAAAUUAAAAUAAAAUCACUUAAGACAGUCCUAUCCGUGAUGUUUAAGACAGAAUUAGUUUGCUUUUCUUAUGCACUCUUAAUAUGUUCUUGAAAUCUAUGAGUGGUGUUUUGGUUACUUUCCCUAGUGAACGUGAAGUCUUCUUAAAGGAAUGCAAUUCUAAAUAUUAUACAGCUCAUGCCUAUAUUGUAGGUCGUCUUUUACUUGAAUUUAUCCAAAUUACUAUUUAUCCUAUUAUCAAUACGGUAAUUAUUUAUUUUAUGACUGGAUUAAACUAGUAAGAAGCUUCUCUUUUCUUCUAUUUCUUAUUGGUUUCAAUAGCUCUAAGUUAUUGUGGAAAUGCAUUAGGUUUGUUAUGUGGUAAUCUCUUUACUGAUCCUCGUACAGCUGUUGCAGUACAACCACUUCUCUCAAUUCCUUUUUAUCUUUUCUGCGGGUUUUACAAAAAUAGAUAAGAUUUUGCUUCUUGGAUUGGGUGGAUUCAAUAUUUAUCCCCACUCACAUACUCCACUGAAGGUGUUGUAACAAAUGAAUUUUACGGAAUUACUGGUCCUAUUGACCCUGUAUAAUAAAGUAACUAUAAUUUAGGUAAAUGGAAUUGCUUGGGAUAUAUAGCUUUGCUUUUCGUUGGUUACCAAACUUUAGCAUUCAUAAUCUUUUACAAUAAAAGAAAAGUUUUAUAAUGA